CCUUAGGAGGAGACCUUCGAAGGGCAAUUUCCUUUCCACAGACCGUCGCAAUCAUAUGUUAGUCAGAUUCUAGUUUAAAUCCUAAACGGCAAGGGGCGUUUCAGUCUCCAUGGGUCUCUCAAAGCCUUUUCUCCUCCCAACAGAAAUCCGUAGCUGCACAAACAUCAGCGAAGCUUUGCAGACAAGGACAAGCCUCAACGAGAACCUAAUCCGGGAACAGCAAGAAGCGAACGCCCAGCUGGAAGCAAAGCGCAGGGAGGCGGAGGAGAGAAUCCGCCAGGCAAGGAUCACCAAGCAACAGUUGCAACAACAGCUCCUCCAACUGCAGACGGAUGAGCUGCAACUGAAACACGAGGAAGUGCAGAUCAAGACGAAGAACCUCGAGGCCAAGUCCGCACUUCAGAAGGCAGUAGGAGAGGAAGCCCAACUGAACAGCGAGAUUGGUCUGGCCGAGCAACAGCUGCAACUUGCCAAGGAGCGAGACCAACACCUUGAAACCCUAGUUGAUAUUCUUAGGCAAAAUGUUACGGAGGCUAUUAGUGCUAAAAACACUUUAAUACAGAAGAAAAACGACCAAGCGAAUGCGGUAACCUCCCUGAGUCAGACACUAAAUAACACAGUAGACAUGAUAAAUCCCUUAUCGCAAGAAAAUAACCAACUGAGAGAGAAAAAAGACCAAAUCCACGCAGCCGGCCAGAGCCUCAGGGAAACGAAACAACACUUGGAACAAAAGCGAAGCGCUCUUACCACUCGAAGAGCAGAAUUGAGCGCCGGUAUCGACCCAGUGACGGAAGAGAAAGAGCGACUUCUGCUAACUAUUGAAACACUCAACAUGGAUCUGGACCAAAUUGAAUUUAACCUCAGGAAAGUAGAAAAGGAUCUUUCUACCUGUGAUCGCUUGAGUGAUAUUGAAUGGAUAUUUUGAUAAAAUUUGACGUUUAUACCUUGGCUGAUAUUGUGUUAAUUACAUGCAUCCAUUAUCUCACAGCUCAAUGAUAUCAGAUCCCUAACAUAUGAGUAUGCAAAUAUAGGCUGCAAAAUCCUCUAUAAAUAUACUUUUUAUAUUGAUUACUUUUGGAAUUCAUCCUGUGACUUUUCUUAAUUAUUAUUGACACGGAGAGCGUAGGUGGCUGCCACUCUCUUUGCAUUGCUUAAAUUUGCUUUUCAACAGAAAUGAUCACACAUUUCUUCAGGGAUGGACGUAGACGUAUGGAAGCCCCUCGCUCUUGGAGAAAUACAGAAGUGAAGUCAACAAUUGAAAGCAAGCAAUUUCACUAAAGAUUGUCAAGGGUGCUAGUUCUGUACAGCUAAAUUGCAUCCGAAAUUACUUAAAAUAGAUACAUCUUGGUAAUCAGGUUUUACAAUAAAAUCUCAUUAAAUUGUUUUACUCUGCAUUCCAUCGUAAUGAUUCUUUUUAGCCAUCAAUUGACGCUGAUGUUAUGGUUGCCAGAUGUACGCAAAUGUCAAAUGAUUGCCGUGUGCUGGAAUAUUUUCCGUUUUAAAGAAUUUCAGUUUACUUUAAAAAAUGCAUUUCAAUUGUCAUUUGUGUAUAGAUAUUUGUUGAAGAAUAUGUUCAACUAUUUCCUAUAACAUCAAAAUCUUUAAAAUAUAUUUGGAAAUUUGAUUUCCAGAGAUGAACUGUAUUAUCAUAAAAUAAUCAAAAGCAAUAGUUGACUCCUAAUUUCUAAUUUAAUAUUCCUACUCAAGUUUACAGUUUUCGUCCAUUCGAUUACUGAAUACUGGUAUAUGUGAUCAGAAAACUGUAAUUGUGGAUCUUAAAUACUGGUGUAUAUAUGAUAGGAAAACUGAAAUUCUGGAUCUGCUAUUUCUGUUGAAACGCGGGUAGUAUAAUUAGAAAAUAAAUGCCGCAUAAUCUG